GCAGCAAUGGGGGAAGGGAAAGAAGAGACAGAUGGGACUUACAUGGUCCCUGUCGCCCUCCUCCUCCUCUUCACCUCCUCCUCCCCUCACAGACUCUCUGCCUAAUCUGACUGGGUUGGACAGGGGGAGGAUGGGGGAGGUUACCGGGCAUUCUCCACCACCUCUCCCUCUUUUCUGGCAGCACCCACCACGGCCACGGAGCCAAAGCACACAGGAUAUGGGCAAAAAAAGAACUUAUUCCCUGUGAGGCUGGACAGAGGGUAGCUGAGCUAGAGCUCAUGCUGAGGUUGUCGUCUGUACGGAGCCCAUUCGGACCAGAUUUGCUGCUAAUCCAGCAUAAGGAGAGAGCGGGGACAACCUGCUGGAUUGAGCAUUGGGGCUUUACUUUUUUAUUUUUGUUUUCUAACAGGCCUGUUAGAUGAUAGAUGUUGUGUUCUGGCCUCUUUGAGGACAUGAGGAUGCCAUCUUUGCAGGCCAUCUGAGAAAACUCUGUGCUGGAAGUCCAUGGCCAAAUGUGGAGCUGUGGCAGUUGAGGAAAAGCAAUUUAGAGGCAAUUUAGGCACAAUGUCGGCCACUCAGGGGAUGAACCGCAGUGGCAUCUACAACUACUUCCUCAACAUGGUGGCCUAUCAGAUAUGCUGCUGCUGUGGACCAGCUCCUUGCUCCCUCUGCUGUGCCUUCUGUCCUCCAGUCAAAUCCUCCACCAGCACGCGGGUCAUGUACACCCUCUUUCACAUCAUGAGCUGCGCCGUCUCCUGCCUCAUGCUGUCCCGCACCGUCUCUGAGCUCGUCAGGGAAAAUGUGCCUUUCUUCAACAUGGUGUGUGACCAGGCACAUGGGGGAGGCCACUGUGAGAUGCUUGUGGGCUACUCCGCUGUUUACAGAGUCUGCUUUGGCACGUCCUGUUUCUACCUGAUGAUGGCGAUCUUCCUCAUAGAUGUGAAGUCCAGUCAGGACUUUAGAGCACUCGUACACAACGGCUUCUGGUUCUUAAAGUUCAUCACUCUGCUUGGAAUGUGCACCGCUGCCUUCUUCAUUCCAACAGAGUCCUUUCUGCAUGCUUGGCAUUAUGUUGGUGUGGUGGGAGGAUUUGCCUUCAUCCUUAUCCAACUCAUCCUCAUCACAGCUUUUGCACACACCUGGAACAAGAACUGGUUAACUGGAGCGGCAGAAAACAAACGCUGGUACCUGGCUGUGAUGUGCGCCACCCUCUUCUUCUACACCAUUGCCACCAUGGCCUUCACCUUCAUGUACAAGUACUACACGCACCCCAUCACCUGCCAUUUCAACAAGGCUCUGCUGUGGAUUAACCUGGGACUCUGCGGCCUCAUGUCCUUCAUUGCUGUCACGCCGUGCGUGAAGCAGAAGCAACCACGGUCGGGUCUCCUUCAAGCCUCCAUCAUCAGCUGUUAUGUCAUGUACCUGACUUUCUCUGCCUUGUCCAGCCGUCCGCCAGAGAAAGUGGUGUACCAGGGCAUGAACAUGACCGUCUGUUACCCCAGUGUGGGACAAGAUGGCAUCCAGAAUGAAGGCAACGCUGUUGCUAUCAUUGGAGCUGCAAUCAUGUACUGCUGUGUCCUGUUUGCAUGUAAUGAAGCUUCCUACCUGGCAGAGGUCUUUGGUCCAUUUUGGAUGAUUAAGGUUUACCGUUAUGAGUUCCAGAAAGCAACCUGCUGCUUCUGCUGUCCCAAGGAAGAGGAAGUUGAAGAGGACUUUGUGAUUGAUGACGACAGCAAAGGUUGUCAGAAGGUCAUUCACAAUGAGACCCAGCGAGUGGCUUACAGCUACUUCUUCUUCCAUUUUGUUUUCUUCUUGGCCUCGCUGUAUGUGAUGAUGACCCUCACUAACUGGUUCAGCUAUGAGUCUGCCGUGUUGGAGACCACUUUCACCCAUGGCAGCUGGUCUACCUUCUGGGUGAAGAUGUCGUCCUGCUGGGCCUGUGUCAUCCUCUACCUUUGGCUGCUGCUGGGCCCUCUGUGCAGCUGUCAGUCUGAUUCCAGACCUCGCCGCUCACGCAUCAAACGCCGCUCAGCAUCGUCACGCCACGUCACUGUCAGUGUCUGACAUCCUCUGUGAAAGUUCCAGGCAUGCGGGGAGUGGACACAAGAGGUCAUAAGACUCACAUCCUCCUCAUCACGCCCUGCAGGGGGCAGCUCUUAAGAAAUGGAGGGGGUCAAAGACUCACUGUGCUGUGAGAAGGACCGAUUUCCAAAAGCUUAGUGCCCUGUUGCUAUGUGAAGAACUGGGCAAAGCCCUGAUAUCACAGGCUCAACAACGUGAACUCAAAUCACUAAUGAGGACAUGUUUGUGGUUUGGGAACAACUUAACAGUAUUGCCAAAGGGAUGUGAAGGAGUGAAGUCUCACUCUAUAAUGUGCGAAUUACAGUAAGUCAGAGUAAAGACUGAUUCAUUUAUCAAAAUGUACAGUUUCAUUUUAGUAUUCAUUUAAAUUUUGAACAUAUUUAGACAUUUGAAGUUACAACAAAGGGCUGCAUUAUAGAUAUUUGUUGUAAUAUUGCUGUCCGUUAUAUUUUUUCCCCUGACAAAGAAAACCCAAUGAUCUUACACGGAGGGCGAUGAACACAGUUUUUGUCAGUGUUUGAACCAAACUGAUCAACUGCAAAGCUUACAAAUGUGAAACAUUUUGGGAAAUACAUCUGAAGAGGAAUUAUUUUAUUUUUUCCCCCAUAAAACCACAGCUUGAUGUUUUUUUUAGUAAAGGUUUGUGUGAUUCAAUGAAAACAGACUGGAAAUGUCACACAGAACUAAUUUAUUUGCAUAUUUUUCUUUCAAAUAUAAACUUGUCAACAAGGCAGCUUCAGGACUGGUUCCUAAUUAUAGUUCAGAGUUAAAGAGAG